AUGUGUCAUCCCGAUUUUUACAUCCUCCGUAGGUACUAUUUAUACGACCAUUACUCAAUGGUUCUUUUAAUUCGUGGGCGCCGCUAACAUUGACAAGACAAUACCGAGAAUCGGCUGAAAAAAGUUCAAUAAUCGUCUACGAUUUUUUUUCUAUAAUAAACAAUUUUUAAUGCCGUAUAAUUCAGCUAUAAAUAUUAUUCUUCAGAUUAGAUAUUAAUGUGCGGUGUCUAAUAAAUAAAGAUUUAUAAUGAUCGGUUCAAAAGAACGAUUUUUAAGUUUUGUGGUAGAAGCUUUAAUAGUUUUUUCUUUGGUUCCAUGUAAAUUUGUGCGCGCUGCGGCUUUACAGGAAAUUUCGGCAAAAAAUAUCCUUGGUGUGCCUGGUGAAGGAAGACAUUUGGCAAUCAAAUCGUAUCCGGCGAUAGCGAACUACCAAAGUGAUUUGUACGAGGUGUUUGAGGAACCCUAUAACUUUGAUAUCAGACCACAAGCGGCUGUAGCUGUUUUAACUAGCGCAGACGAAGGAGAAGUAGGGGGUGAAGUUGUAUUUGUUCAGAAACACCCGCCUAAUGGACCAAUAUUUAUAAGAGGCAACAUUACAGGUCUGUCCCAAGGCAAUCAUGGUAUUCAUAUUCACCAGGCUGGAGAUCUUAGAGAGGGGUGUGAUAAGUUAGGAGGACACUUUAAUCCAUACUUUCUGAGGCACGGUGGUCCAAAAUCGCCUCAUCGCCACAUCGGUGAUUUGGGAAAUGUUGAAGCCAAAGAUAACGGAAUCGCCGAAAUUGUACGCAUUGACCCUUUGAUGUCCUUAAGCGGUGGACCUAGGGGUGUUGUAGGAAGAGCUCUGGUGGUGACUGAAGGCGAAGACGACCUGGGAUUAGGUGGAAAUGCUAAUAGUUUUGUAGAUGGCAAUUCGGGCAAGCCAGUGGCUUGUGGCAUUAUAGCUUAUAUAAGAUAACUAAAAAUUCAUGUGAAACCCUUAGAUCUGUAUAGCUUAUAUUUAUAAAAGAAAUAAAAAUACAAAAUGUGUAAAUUUAGGAAGAUAAAUUAGAAUACAAAACAUGAAACAUUUGAUCUGUAUAUGAUGGAAUCUGAAAGAAUUAUAUUAAGUGAUAUUAUACUGUUUGAAAUAACGUAGGCAAGACUUUUACAUUAAAUUAUAAAUUAUACACACUUCCUAUUUUGUUUAUAAAAUGUAAACAAUA